UGAUGAUAGAAGAUGUUGAACAACCAACUACCUUAGCAACAUCCACAAACUAAACCUCUCUCCAUUCCACAACAUUCACACACGGAGAUUAUGAAUGCGCACUCUCAAUGAGAUGAUCUUGUUCCAUCACCUUGAGACUCUUCCCGUUACUCUACUCCCAUCUCUCUAAGGAACUCUUCGCGCAACUCCUGUUCGCCACUGAUUUCAUCCGUUCACCGUCCGAUCAGAACAGCCGACUACCUUCUCAAUAAAACCACAUUCACCAUGUUCUGCCUGCGGAGCUGGCUUCCCCUCUUCUUCAUCCCCACCAACGCCUCCCCCCUCUUCAUCAUCUCCUUCGUGACCCUGACCUACAUCCUCCACCGACCGUGCAUUUACUGCUCCGGGCUGCUCCUCAUCCUCUUCAUCUCCUCCUGCCACUGGUCCGACCGAUGUUUCUUCGACCUCCGCGGCGACUGGUUCAGUCCGCGCUACACCCCCCCGGCCGCCGCGCCCACCUCAUGCCCGGUCAGUCCCGCCAACGAGACCCUAGCCGGGUAUCUCCUGGAGACGGUGACCUCCACCGCCAAGACCCUCUCCGGGGCCGUCAUCGAUGAGGCGCAGCGGCGGCUCGCGCUGAACCAAUCGGCCGAGGUCGGUGUACCGCAAGAAUGGACGGGUAUUGGCAUGGAGUGGGUGCGGAGUCUGCUGGGGCGGAGGGAGUGGACCUUGCCGUGCGUGGAUGUCAAGGUGAGGCUCUAAGUGGUAUGGGAGAUGCGGAGGGUUUUCGAUCCAGGGAGGAAAAACAUAUAUUGGGCGGUUGGGGUCAUUGCUCUGUCUACAUAUGUAUUGGCCGUGGACACUUCGGGGUCCUUAUUCCUUGAUUCGCGGGGGAGCGAUAGAAGGAGAGCUUGCUUGAACACGGGAGCAUGAUUCAGACCCAGCGAGGCGGUUCAUCGUAUGACCCUUUGAUGCGCUGUAUGAUGUUCGCUGCAGGUACGUUGCGAGUUCUCGCGAAGGAGAAAGAUCGCCUUUCAGGAUGAAGAACUAUCUAGCC